AUGGGUAAUCAGUUAGUUGCAGAUGCCCCAAAUCAAAUAUUAAGUGUUGAAACAUAUUUUAAUGAAUUAAGUGGAUAUGAUUUUGUAAAAAGUUUGGGUGUAACAAGAUUUUUAAAAGUUGCCAAAGCUAAAACAAGAAAUGGUUAUUCGGUUCUGAAAAUAUUUCAAGUAUUUGAUCAAUCUUUACCUUAUGAUCAAUACAAAGGACAAAUACAAUCUAUACAUUCAGCAUUACAUCAAAAAGAAACUCCAUCUGCUUUAAAAAAUGCGUUACCAUUUCAAGUUGUGACGAAGAAUGAACGUUCAAUUAUUCUCACACGACCGUAUAUCAAAGAUAAUUUAUAUGAUCGUUUACAAAAUCGUCCAUAUUUGACUCGUAUAGAAAAAAAAUGGAUUGCAUUUCAAUUAUUACAAGCAUUAAAACAAAUUCAUUUAUUAAAUAUUCGUCAUGGCGAUAUUAAAUAUGAAAAUAUUUUAUUAACAAGUUAUAAUUGGGUAUUAUUGAGUGAUUUUGCCAAUUUUAAACCAACAUUUUUUGCUUAUGAGGAUCCAGCUGAAUAUUAUUAUUAUUUUAAUGCAUCACAACGAAAUGUUUGUUAUCUUGCACCAGAAAGAUUCUAUGAUCAAACAAGAAUUAAAAGCGAUAUUAAUAAUGAUACAUUAUCAACAAGUUUUGGAAAAUUGGGUACAGCGGCCAUGGAUAUUUUCUCGCUCGGUUGUGUAUUUGCUGAAUUAUUUACUGAACAACCAUUAUUUACAUUAUCUCAAAUGAUGGAUUAUCGAACAAAAUCUUAUAAUCCAUAUGAGAUCAUACAUAAGAUAAAUGAUGAAAAUCUUUGUGAUAUGAUUUCAAGUAUGAUUGAUUUUGAACCAUCGAAACGAAAAACAGCCGAACAAUAUCUUGAAGAACAAUGUGGCAAAGCAUUUCCAAAAUGUUUUUAUACAUUUUUGUAUCCCUAUGUACACAAUAUGUUACAUCAUUUUUCACCAGAUUUUGUUAUAUACAAAUUGCAUAAAGAUUUUUCAAUUGUCAUGAGUAGUUUACUUGUUGAUAAUGAUGAAACAGAUGCAUCAGAAUUAGCACAACAAAAUGAAUCAUCACAAGCAUUAAUUAUUUUAUUAUCAUUUGCAUUAGCUUGUAUGAGAAAAUUAAUGCAUUUACACUCUCGUUUAUCAGCGCUUGAACUUAUUCGUCUGAUAACACCAUUAGUUGAUGAUCAAAUUACGUUAGAUCGUAUAUUACCCUACGUAAAUGCAAUGUUACAAGAUUCAUAUCAUCGUGUACGAGCAGACGCUAUUCGAACAUUAUUAUUUUGUGUGAAUUCUGUUACGUCUAUUAAUCAAGAGAACGCUGAUUUGUUUAGUGAAUAUCUUUUUCCAACCUUAUCGUCAUUAACUCUACCGAAUGCUGAUUGUUAUGUUCGUUCAAGUUUGGCAAAAAAUUUAUCAUCACUCGCUGAACAUUCACUAAGAUUUUUGGAAAAAACUUAUCUACUCGAAGAACGAAACUAUACAAUGAAUAAUGACUAUUUCAAACUCUAUGAAGAAGAACUCAAAAGUGUUCAAACAUGGAUGCAAGGUAAAUUUGGCGAUUUAAUCCACGGUGAUAACGAAGAUCAAUUGGCAGAAGUGGUCUGUCGCACAGAUUUAAUACGUUUAUGCGCUUUUUUUGGAAAAAGAAAAACUAUUGAAGUUAUUUGUGGACAUUUAACAACAUUAUUAAGUCGACCAAAUUGGCGUUUACGUGCCACAUUAUUCGAUAGUCUUGUAACAGUUGCCGCUUAUAUUGGUCUCGAAAGUGAAUUGUUUAUUCGUCCGUUAUUUGAACAAGGAUUAGUAGACGAAGAAGAAUUUGUUGUUUAUCGUGUGCUGAAAGCUCUCGCUUGUUUUGUUCGUUUAUCAUUGUUAAAACGUAAAACAAUGUAUGAUUUUCUGGCUAAUGUUUCCCCCAUUGCUUGUCAUCCGAAUUUGUGGUUAAGAUUAGGAGUUAUUGAGUUUAUUAAUAGUGUUUGUGAAAAAUCUCAUUUGGCUGAUAUUCAUGGAUUUGUAAUACCUGUAAUCGAACGAUUUUUUAAAUUUCCAAUUAUUCAAGUUGAAAAUCCGGAUAUUCUGUAUAAUUCGCUUAUUGAACCAUUAGCACGUGAUUUAUUUGAAUAUGUUCAACAAAUACAACCAAAUGAAGGUUUAUUCAAAUAUUUAACAGAACGUCAACAUGUACGAAAAAUGACAGGAUCAGGAGCGAAACCGGCGUAUACAGAAUUGAAUGAUGGUCUUGUUAAAGAUGAAUUUGAAAAAUUAUUAGAUAUGAAAAUGAAAGAGGAAGACGAAGAUAAAAUUUUAGCAUUGAAAUUUUUUCUUAAACAAGCACCACAGAAUAAACUAAGUGUUAGUGUGUCGACUGAAGAAACUAAACGACCUGGUACAAUUUUAAUCAAACUUCCUCCAGCAAAACGUCAUGAACUUGGUCUUGGAAGCAAUCGUACAAAUUUUAAUAAUAAUUUAAACGCUUAUUCAAUGAGAAAUAACAAUGAUGAUAGUUCUGAUUGGUGUGAGAUGUUUGGAGCACAAAGUCAACAAUCUGAGAAUGCAUUAGUAAAUAGUACAACAACCACAGAUGCUAAACAAUCACCACCUAAACAAGAUCUUAGUCAAAUUAAUGAGACACAACAAGAAUUGAAUGAACAAGUUGUAGAUCAAAAUAUAUUAAGAACAAUUCCAGCAGUACAACAACAGCAACAAAUUUAUCGGGCACGUUCAUUCAAUGAAUCAAAAGUAAAACUUCGUCUUCAUUGUAUAACAGAAAAAAAUAAUUUAUUAUUGAGACAAGAAGCAUUAUAUCGAGAUGAUUGUCAACGACAAAAAUUGUUAAAUAAAAGUGUUCCAACAAAAUUAUUUGAAAUAACUGAUAAUGCACAUUGGACUCCACAAGGCAUUUUACUUGGACACGUUCAUUUACACAAUGGAAAAAUAACAAGAUUAGCUUCCAGUCUUGUGUCGCCACCAUCAACACAAUAUUAUUAUACACAAUAUUUUGCUACUGGUGAUAUUCAAGGUUCUAUACGUCUAUGGGAUAUAAAUCAAUUCCAAAAAUGUCUUAUAUUUCGACCAACGAGAGCAAUAAGAGGAUCAAGCUCACCGAUACGAGGUUUAGUAUUUAGUUCUGAUAGUAGUGCAUUAAAUUUAGCGUCUCUUAGUGAAAAUGGCUAUUUGAAUAUUUAUGAUUUAAAUUCGUCAGCUGGUGAUAUUAAAGAACCAUUUUAUACAAUGAAACUCGAUGUACGUGAUAUUGGUGUACCAAUUGAUUUAAAAUACUUUAACACCGGUUCUCAGGAAAUAUUAGCAUUUGCAACAUCUCAAGGACUCAUUGUUGGUAUAGAUAAUCGUUGUACAGUGCCAAUAUUUAAAUUUAAAAAUGAUCUUAAUCAUCGACUUAUUACAGCAUUAGAAGUAGAUGAAUUACAAUCUUGGCUAGCUGUUGGUACUGGUAGUGGAUUUAUUGAUUGUUGGGAUUUAAGAUUUCAAUUGUGUAUUCAGGGCAUGCAACAUCCAACUGGAGCUCGUGUUAUUAGUUUAUUACGACACCAAGAUCAACGAAGUUCAUUAAUUAGUUCAUUUCAAGGGAAUAAUGAAAUAUCAAUAUGGAAUAUUGAACAUCCAAAAUCAAGACAAAAAGUUUUUUGGCCUUGUGUGGCAACCCCACUAUCAUUAUCUCAAUCGAUCAAUCAUUACAUUCAAGCAAUGUAUUUAUACAAAAAUGAUCGUACGACAUCAUUAUUAUGCGCCGGCACUGAUAUGCGAAUAAGAAAUUGGAAUUUAACUGAUCCAAGUCAAUCGUUUAUUGUUACUCGUGGACCAGAUGAUAAUGAAGCAAUGAUAGCAAACUAUCGACAGAGACCAAUUGAUGGUGUUGAAGUAACAAUUGAAGAAUAUCAUCACCGAAAACCAGGAGCAACAGCCUCGUCGUCUUCUUCCUCAUCACCUACGGAUAAUCAAAUGAAAUCAACAAAAUCAAAUUUAUUUAAUGUAUCCGUUGCUCACACAGACAGCAUCACAGAUAUGUCUAUCUGUUUGACAAAAGAACGAGUACCACAUCUCGUAACUGUUUCAGCUGAUGCUGUUGUUAAAUUAUGGAAAUAG